AUGCGCAUCACGGUCACCUACAACAAUCCUCUGACCUCCGAGUCGGAGGCAGUAAUGGUACUCAUCAAGCCUGCCGGCACCAGUGAAGAUGAAAUGAGAGAAAAGGGGAGCUACAUGGUCGGGCGAUUGUUGGAAGAUGCGAGCCGCAGGCUGAGUGCAGCUGUGGGCGAGAAGGUGGAGCUGGUGAAGCUCACCAAUGCCGACGGCGCUACACUUCUGCCCGAAGACGAGGUUGCCGACUACGUCGAAGACGGCGAGCAGCUCGCGGGCUUCACCAAAUCGCAGCUCGACAAGAAGCAGGAGGUGGCGGCUCAGGAGAAGGAGAAGGAUGAGAAGAAGGAAGAGGAAGACGACGCUGGCGAACUCAAGGGCUUCUCCGUCACCAAGAAGAUGGUAAAGGUGUGCGACGGCGAGUUCGAGGAGCAAACGCUUCUCACGAUCGAGGACCACGAUUUGCGUAGCGCCAUCAAUCAGUUCGCCUCAGACGACACCUUCUACGAGGACCGCCCGCAAGUCGACCCCGAGACUCUACUCUGCCAUCUGCCGCAGUUCAAGUCGAACAGCAACUCGUUCUACCAGCAGAUGCUGGAGCCGCUGGUGGCGUGGCUGGAAAAGCGGUACAAGGGCACCAACGACAAGAUCGAGCGCAUGCUCCAGGAGCAGAAGAUCUCCUACAACGCCCUCUGGUUCCUCUUCAACACCGGCAAGAAGGUGUGGGGCACCGACGCGGGCCUUCUCAUCGCGGGCGAGGUCAAGACCGCCAAGUACAUGCGCGGAUUCUUCCCUGGGCUCCUCAUUACCGCAAAGGUGGUCAAGUCAUCGGGCCAAGCGUACCUCAACAAGGACCACCAGUUCUUCAUCCCCAUGUUCGCCGGAGCCAAGAAGCUGGAGGACCUGCCGGUGCAGAUCCUCACCGACGAGCUCGAGGCCAAGCUCACCGCUCGCGGCAAGCUCUUCCAGGCCCUCGCUCUCGGCGCCCACUACAAGGUCUACAGCGGCCACAUGCUCUUCCGCACCGGCUGGUGCGUGCACAAGUACAAGGCCGACGGUCGCAUCAUGAUCGACGGCGUCUCCUUCAACAGGAUCAACCCGGGCUAUGAGGAGUUCACGGAGUACAGCUCGUUCAGGACGAGCGCCGAUCUGGCCAAGCUGAGCGAGGACCAGCUGUGGAUGACGUGGCCCACGCUGCCCGGGUUCAGCUUCACGGCCAAGAAGUGGGGCGAGGUGAUCGUGGACAAUGUGGCCGACGUGGUGUUCGACGACAAGGCCUUCGAUCGGCUCGUGCUGGCCAAGGAGAAGAAGACCCUCAUCAAGUCGCUGGUGGCCAACAACAGCACGGCCGCCUUCAGCGAUGUGAUCUCGGGCAAGGGCGGCGGAUGCAUCUUCCUGCUGCACGGCAAGCCCGGCGUGGGCAAGACCCUCACGGCCGAGGCCAUCGCCGAACUGCUCCACCGCCCGCUCUACUCGGUGAGCGUGGGCGAGCUCGGCACGAGCACCGACCAGCUCGAGGCCCGCCUCAAGGAGAUCCUCGAGGUAGCCAGCUCCUGGGACGCCGUCAUCCUCAUCGACGAAGCCGACAUCUUCCUGGAGCGUCGGUCGGAGAACGACAUCAAGCGUAAUGCGAUGGUGGGCAUCUUCCUGCGACUGCUCGAGUACCACCAGGGCGUGCUCUUCCUCACCACCAACCGGGUCAAGUCCUUCGACUCGGCCUUCCACAGCCGCAUCAGCAUCGCCCUCAAGUACAGCGACCUCGACUUCGCCUCGCGCCGCAAGAUCUGGGCCAACCUGCUUGACGCCGCCUCGGUCGACCUCGCCAAGGCCCGGCUCGACCUCGAGAAGCUCGCCGCCUUCGAGCUCAACGGCCGCCAGAUCCGCACAGUGAUCCGCCUCGCCCUCUCGCUCGCGCAGACCGAGGGCGACGGCGGCCUCACCGAGGCCCACAUCGAACGCACCAUCAACGUCUCCCUCCAGUUCAAGCACGACCUCGACUCCAUGGCCGCCGACGACUGCCUCUAA